GUUCUCAUUAUUGGAGGGGGUCCUGCUGGCUCGUAUGCAGCAGCCGCACUCGCAAGAGAAGGCAUCGAUGUUACCGUCUUGGAAGCUUCCAAGUUUCCUCGGUCAGAACUUCCCCUUCCUGGGGGCUCUCACUUUGGUACCAACCAUACUUUAGACACAGAUUUCAUCGCUAUGGGACACAAUAACUACGCAUGGAACGUUGUCCGUUCCGAAUUUGACCAGAUGCUGCUAAACCAUGCUCGCUCCACCGGGGCGUCCGUCUACGAAAAAACCAAAGUUGAAGCAAUUACUUUCUGUCCUUCUGACCCCAAACGACCCAUUUCUGUGGAGUGGUCACACGCGGCAGAGGUUCCGGUCCGUGGCACGACAACAUUUACCCAUUUAAUUGAUGCAACUGGUCGGGCUGGACUUAUGUCCACGAAAUAUCUGAAAAACAGACAUUUUAACGCAUCUCUGAAAAAUAUCGCCGUCUGGGGCUAUUGGAGAGAUGUGGGGGGCUAUGGCUUGGGUUCAAAGCGGCAAGGUUCACCUUGGUUUGAGGCGCUCACUGACGCUUCGGGUUGGGCCUGGUUUAUUCCCCUUCAUAAUGGAACUACCUCAAUUGGCAUAGUGAUGAACGAGAAGAUUUUUGCCACACCAGGUGCCUCCGACUCUGCCAUGGUGUUACGUUAUCUUUCCAACCUGUCGUUGGCUCCCGGAGUCGUACUUUUGAUUAGCUCCACUGGCAUUUUGAACGAGGGAAGUGUGAGGAGCGCCAGCGACUUCAGCUAUUCCGCACCAAUUUAUGCUGGAAAAGGGUUUCGAAUCGUCGGGGACGCGGGAGCUUUCAUCGACCCAUUUUUUUCAAGCGGGGUUCACCUGGCGAUGACGUCAGCUCUUUCGGCCGCAGCGACGAUCUGUGCUUCUCUUCGAGGCCAUUGCUCAGAAGUAGAAGCUGCACAAUGGCAUACACAACGUGUGUCAACAAGUUACACGAGGCAGGCUUCCAGUAUGCCAUUUCAGAUGGUCGUUCUCAGCGCCUAUAAGCAAAUCCGUUCCCAAACCAUAGACAUUCUCUCAGACAUAAACGAGGACAAUUACGACCGAGCAUUUUCCUUUCUUCGCCCUGUUAUUCAGGGAGCUUCUGAUAUGGGCGCCCGCCUUUCCGAAACAGAACUCCAGAAGUCGCUCGACUUUUGUGUCAAUUUGUUCAAUCCAACCACCCCUGAGCAACAUAACCGUGUUUACCGCCGCGGAGACAUUGGGAAAGAACUAUUGGAUGUCGCGUCCCCUUUGGUGGAUCCAGCUGUUUUCGAAACAACUCUCAAUGUUGAAACCUCUUUCGCGUCUCCGUCAAACUUUGACUCCUCUGAUGACUCGGAAACAUCUUCGGAUGUCGAGAAGGACUCAGAAACUCGGAUGGUUCUGAACAAGAUCAACGCCAGGCGCGUCGUGCACUCUGAGUACGCAAUCAACAAUCUGGAACAAGAACCUUUACAAGGUUACGUGGUUACCCUGGAAAAAGGGAAACUGGGGCUCUCCAGGGCGGUCUGA